AUAUUAUUCAAGCAUAUAAUAUCAGAACUUACACUUGUUAACAAUGUUAAUAAUAUAACAUUGACAGUGAACUGAGUAUUAAGAUAUGUGUUAUGAUCCUGAUGUUUUUUGUGUGUUUUUUUUUCUGUGUAUCCUAUGUGUUUGCUUUUAAACUGUAGAUUUUCGCAAGGACACAGGUUACGGCAAGUGGACAUGCUACAGGAAGGCAUCACUGGAAGCUCUUCUACACUGACUAAACUUAGUCAUCGUCUGCGUGGAGUCUGCAAAUCUGCAAUUAAAAGAAUGAAGAGAAGAGGUGACCUGAAAAUUGGAAAAAGACACGAAAUUGUUUUUAUUGAUGAGAGCAAAUUUGGCCACAAAAGAAAGUACAACCGAGGAAGACAGAGCAACAGGGCAUCAUGGGUGUUUGGAAUGCUUGGGGUCAAAGAGGAGUUCAGAAGACCCAUUUUGAAAGUUGUCAAUCAGCGUUCAGCUCAACACCUCAUGCCAAUUCUCCAGAAGCAUGUGAGACAAGGAAGCACUGUUGUGUCAGAUGGGUGGAGAGCCUAUAACUGUCUCAGAAAUGCUGGAUAUAACCAUCUAACUGUGAACCAUAAGGAGGUUUUUGUUGAUCCUCAGACAGGUGCUCACACACAGAACAUUGAGAGAUUUUGGGGAGUUUGCAAGGCAACAGUGUGGAGAUUGAGGGGUAACCGCACAGAAAGCAGGCUCAAAGACCACUUAAAAGUAAUUGAGUGGACUUACUGGCGUGGUGACAUACAUAAAAAUGGCACCCUGGGAAUGAUUUUGCAUGACAUUAGAAGGAAGUAUCCUGUGUGAAAAGAUGUAGAUGUUCAGUUUAUUCUGUGACCAUCAUCAUCUUUUGUGUUAAAAACAAAUUUGUCAAUAAACUGUUUGGCAAUUGAUUGUAAUAAUUCAAGAUGUGUCUCAUCUGUAGGUUGUUCUCUUGAACUAUAAAAACAAUAAACACUGAG